UUCACUCGCUUAUGUCUAGAGAUGAAAAGUCUGGAGGUGCAUUUGCAGUGAAGGUUUCCAUCGCUAAUUCAUUAAAAUAACAAUGGAUAUCAACAAUCAAUUUCCAAUCAAUUUGUUUUCUAUAGUAGCCAGCCACAGUAGUGAAUUGAAGGGUUGUAUUCACUUUAAGAUCUUUUCGGCAAGGCUACGAAGUCUCUCAUCUUCUAAGUCAUUGAGUCUCACAAAAUAUUUGUACAACAACCAUUGCAACACUUUGGAUAUCUUUGAACCAACGGAAUCACUUUGGAAAGCUUGCAGCUUUUCUUAAAACUAUCAAGCUCCUCCAUUAAUUCUACUCUUCAUUGGAUAUGAAUUAAUUCUUCAUUGCUUCCGUACAGUUUUGCUUCUGGAAAGUAUCAAAAUGGCUGGUCAAUACGACGAUCUUUCCAGCUCUUUGCCCGUGGAUUUCACAUCAUAUCCAUCACCUGCGACCUCUCAAUAUCUGAACUAUCAAUCUCAGAGUGGCACCCAAGGAUACAACAUGCAAUACGCCGAAGGGGAGUCGGCUACUUCCUGUAGUGGAUAUGGCCAGACAGCCAAUGUAUACCAACAAAAUGGUCAAAGAGGCAACCUGUACCGAAAUGGUGGUUAUUCUCCUGACACUCCAUACAGCCAAGGCACGGCAUUUCCUCCGCCUCAUGGCAUUGGCCAAACGAUCCUCCCUUUCCACCCCCAAUACAACCAUGGCAGUUUUAUGGGCAAUGUUCCUUAUUACCAGUGCCCGGCAAAUUUUCCACCGAAUGUAUCCGGUCAAGUAGUUAACCCUAUCUAUCAUUCUGCUUUUAUGCCGCAGGAAAACAACAACCAUCCAAGAUGCCAGUUCAGUCCAACUCAGCAGGGAUAUGUACGUUACUACAAUCCUCUGUACGCAUUCUCUGCCACCCCGCAGAGCGGCGCUUCAUUCAACAAUGCAGCUAGCCCAAUUGUCAAUUCAACUGCAUCGGCUUCUGCCAAUUCGACGCGAAAUGAGUACAAAACACCUCCACAUUUGGUCACACCUAGCGGAUCUCAUUCACAUAGAGGGUAUCUUAUGACACCUUCCAAUCAAUAUCUAUCCGGAGGUCAAGUCAAUAAUGGAGUUGACCAGAUGUUGGCGAGCACCCCAGUCCCACGCACACCACAGUCAACGCCGGCAGGGCUGUUGGACAGAAUUCAAAAUACCACUCCUGAUGAUAACUAUAUCGCCAUCAAGCGAAAACCGGCAAUGAGGUCCAAGAACGACCCAAUUAAUGCCGAGGAUGUAAUGCAUGGAUCCAUUGUAUGGUUAUCCAACCAUCAAGAUUGGCAUGAGCCCAUCAUAUGCGUUCAGAACCAUGAGUGCAAUGACAAGAUCAAAGAAAUUGAUGGUCAUAACCACCCAGUUACGAUUUUGAGAAUCAAUCAACGCCAUGGUUCGGAUAUCAUUGGAGAUAUUGUGCUAGACAUCGCAAUCGUAAGUCCUAAUCCUUCUGCAGCCUCAUCAUUGAUCUCAAAUAUCGUUCUGUGACAGUUCGUGUAGAUACUGCCGUUCACUACUGCUAUUUCAUCGUAUCAUUGCCUUUUCAUCUCCGUGUGCAUAGGCUCCACACCCUCACACCCGUUUGCUCCGAGGCUAAUGCUGAAAGUUAUCAUAAUAGAUGACAACCCUAUGUGGCCUCAGCCUUCAGGGAUAUGUGCGGAGGCUGCGCGCCCUCGGUCCCGAUACAUCAAAGCAAUGGUACCUCCAAGAAACCAUGCCAUUGUCGUGGAUACCACAGCAAACUUCCGACCUGAAAGGCUCCAAACUUGAGGAGGUAAGAGAACACGAAAAGCGCUUGGAGAGUAAGCAUCAUGCGGAGCUCAAUGAGCGCGGGAACACCUUGUUGUCUCUAUCGCGGGGAACCAUGCAAAGACGAACGUACAUGCGAGUUCAUCAUAUUUACGCUGUUCCGAUUAAGCAAUUGCAAGCUUGCAGUCGAUACGCAAAGCUUGCACAUAUGGUUCGCUUAGAUGAACCCAGCUAUAGAAGGGUGAUGGAAAGCUUGAAUUUAGUACCGGAUUCUUGGGAGACUAGCGUUGAGAAAAGCGUCGCAUCUGCCCCACAGCGCCUUCGGGAUCUUCGGGACGCAGGAAUGGCUCGGUUGAAUGCUGUUCGAGUUACCGAUCGCCUGUGCCUCCAACAGGAAGCUGCUGAACAGCAAAGCUUGGCCAUCAGUCAACAGAAGUCGCCGACCGACGUGGCUGCGGGUGACGUAAAGGGUUAUGAGGACCUGUAAGGUACUUAUAACUUAAAUAAACUUGGAAAUCAUGAAGUUUUUCUGCAUUCCAUUUGCGGAACCCAGGGAACAACCUUUGCAUACAGAUACGAUACUAUUACGCACAUAAAUGUUAAUUGGGGGAGUUCAGUUACCUUGACGUCAGUUGAGGUGGCGAGUGAGGGGAAUUUUGACCAAAGAACGCUGGUAGACAGAUAGAGUAGCAAUGCUCAUAUUCACCUUUCGGAGUCCGAAGCAGAGGAGUCUGGAAGAUGAUAUAA